GGGAAAGGGAAAGAGAGGAGGAGGCAAAAUAGAGAGAAACCCCGCGUGGGUGGGUUCAGACGUUACGCGUGUCGACUGUGAAGCAAUCACAGCUUGUCAGCACAAAGAUGGCGGCACUGUGCGUGGAUGAAAGCAUUUACAAUCUUCUGCCUAAGAUUGUGAAUAAGCCCGUGAAGGCACCUAGAUAUAUAUCAACAUUUAAACCACAUGUGAAACGUACAAUAGAAGAAAGUAAAGCAGCAUGGAAAACCAUUGGACCAGCAAGAGUCCAGGUGCCCUCUCCCAAAGACUUCCUUAAGAAACAUUCAAAGGAACCAAAGUUACCAAAAAGGAAAAAACUUAGUCUGAAAGCAAUUGAAGCAACUGUGCCCAAAGCAACAGACCAACCAAUUAUGGGAGUUCAGUGUACCAAGAACUUUAUAAGUAGCAAUGCAGCUAAUGUGAUCAUGGGAGUGGCUAAGAAACCUCGACAAAUCUGUGUGGACAGACGGCAAGGAGACAAAUUUGCCCUUGAAACAUCAGGACUUCUUCCCAAAUUUCUCAAGAAAAAGGAUUAUGGUGUUACUCCAAAGUAUGUUACUAAGCGAACUGAAGAAGCAAGAAGGGCUCAAGAAGAGUAUGAUGCCUAUGUCAAGGAAACCCUCAGGCAAAGAGCCAUGAAAAGGCUUUCUGAUGAAGAGAGAGAAAGUCUUCUGCAGGGUCUCAAAAGGAACUGGGAAGAAGUGCAUCAAGCGUUCCAAAGCCUUUCAGUGGAGAUCGACACAUUACCAAAGAAGCUCCACAAGGAGCGAUUGGAGACAGAAAUGAAACAGUUGGAACAUGAUAUUCAGACAAUUGAAAAACACAAAGUGAUUUAUAUUGCAAACAAAUGAGGACAUCAUUAGAAAAAAUAGUGAGAUAUGGACGCUUACUUUCAGUAUGGAAAGAGAAGAUACUUAUAUAUUCAAAUGUAGAAAAUAUUUAAAUUUUACCAAAUCUCUUAGAGUACUAUCAAAUUUUACACUGCGGUUGUUUUAAAAUAUGUAUUAUUUAUUUUUUCAAAUAAAUAGUUUAUUUUUCCCAGGUUGUUCUAAUUGCUAUAUAUUAUGUAGCAGUCUAAAGUUUCUGUUACUUUUU